GGAACGGACAUGAAUGCCGGCAACACAAGUACUCAGGCAUGGAUCGAGUCAACGAAUAUCCCAUUCCUAGACGCCUUCAUGUUUGCACUGGCGUUAAUGCUGUCCGUGUUCAUCUGCCUUGUCAACACAUUGACCAUCCUUGUGGUCAGCCGCACGCCGUCCCUGAGGACUCUCGCCAACAUCUACGUUGUCAGUCUCGCUUCCGUCGAUUUCGUCAUCGGACUCGGACUCAUUCCGACGGCGCUGUUCGUCCUGCCUCCGACACGGGUGGCUUUGUUUUACAGAUACAUCGAUCUGUGCGUCCUGAUGAACGGGAUCAAUCUCGGUAUGGCCGGGAACUCAAUAUUCCACAUGGCGUUCGUGUCCGUGGACCGCUACCUGUACAUAACGAAACCGUAUUUUUACGAGAGGGUCAUGACGGGCAGCGUGGUGGCGAGUCUUGUGUCCACGGCGUGGACCGUAUCACUGGGCUACGUCGUCCUGCCCCAUUUUAUUCACACGUCAUUCGACGAGGUCCCUAAAUGCGAUGGUGAACGCGUCCUACCGGCGUGGUAUCUGUUCUACAGCACUUGGGGGAUCUAUUUCGCAGUGGUCCUCGUGAUCCUAGUCAUGUACUCGUUGAUCCUGCGCACGGCCUUCAAACAACGGCAAGCCAUUCACGUCGCCGGUCCCGCUGGCUUCAAGGGGACAUCCACUGCCACGAUGUCCAGGAGCACGGCGAAAACCGUCAAGUUUUUCCUGACCGUGUUCGGCGUCUUCUUCGUCUGCAUGACGCCGUCCGUUGUGUGCCUGGGGCUGAACUUCGUGACGUAUGUCCCGUUGGGGCUGUACAACUUUUUGAACAUGGUGGCGCUCACGAACUCCGGGAUGAACUUCAUCAUCUUGACCGUGCAGAACACGCAGUUCAGGCGAGCGCUGUUCAAACUGUUGCACUGCACGUGCUGGCUGGAAAAU